AUGUCAAUUACCCCGUUACCGUCUUCGCAGACCGCAAUUGUCCAGGACAAUGCAGGCCAACCAAUCUGCACACUAGAUGCGCCCGUGCCAAAGCUCCUGCCUAAGACGGUACUUGUGAAGACGAUAGCGGUGGCUGUGAACCAAUGUGACCAUAAGAUGGGCACCAACUUUCCCACUCCGGGCGCCAUCAUUGGUUCUGAUUUUGUUGGAACUGUGGUGUGCAUGAGCCCCGAGGCAGCUCGGCUCAGGCCGGAUUUAGAACUCGGCGAUAUCGUCUGUGGAUACGUCCAUGGAUCGAACCCGGCCGAGCCGGGGAACGGGGCCUUCGCUGAGUACCUCAGAGCUCACGUCCAAUUGAUCUACCUGGUUCCCAAGGGUAUGCCCGAGUUAGAGGCGGCGGCUUUGGGUGUUGGACUUGGGACUGCGGCUCUGGCGCUAUGGAAGGCGAUGGAUCUACCUGCGUCACCAGUGGAUCUGUUGCCGUUGGAUAGCCCACCAGUCUACGUGCUCGUCUACGGUGCAAGCACUGCCUCUGGGACCAUGGCAUUGCAGCUGCUCAAACUGUCCGGUUAUACACCCAUUGCAACAUGCUCCCCGCAGAAUUUUUCCCUGGUCAAAUCUUACGGGGCAGCAUACGUGUUUGAUUACGCAGACGAGGCCACGCAAAACGAGAUAAAGCAAUUGACAGGUGGCAGAUUGGCAUACGCACUCGAUUGCGUCACGGACAGUUCGUCGGCAGCGUAUUGUGCUUCAACCAUGGCUCGCACAGGGGGUCGGUACAUCACGUUGGAGCUGUGUUCGGAGGACCUGAAACCGAAGCGGAGAUCUAUCAAGCAGGACUGGAUCUUUGCGCUGGACAUCUUUGGGGAGCCAAUCCCACUCAGCAGGGGCUAUGAGAGGGAGGCCAGCCCCGAAGUGCACCAAUUUGCUGUGAAUUGGUAUCGUGUAUUUCAGAAACUUAUUGACGAAGGCAAAGUACGUCCUCAUCCACUGCAGGAGCUGGAAGGGGGUUUCAGCGGGAUCAUAGAGGGAGUUCGUUUACUCAAGACGGGCUCUGUUUCUGGAAAGAAGCUAGUUAUUGCAAUAGGCUCGUAG